AUGUCCGCCGCAGUCGACCCGACGUACCCUCUCUACCCAAUAGCCUGCAUUCUCUCUGCUACAAUGCUAGUCCUUGUGCUCUUGACCAGCUUCGUCCGCCAGAGCUGGAAUCUGGGAGUCGCCUUCCUGUGUUUCUGGCUCUUCUUCGAAAACAUCACGAAUGGCAUCAACGCCAUCGUAUGGGCUGAUAAUGCAGAUCUCAGGCUCUAUGUGUAUUGCGAUAUCGUUACGCAUCUGCAACUUAUAUCAUCUGUGGUCAAACCUAUGGCAACAUUGAUCAUCACACGCCGUCUAUACCUGAUUGCCAGCCAGCAGUCCGUGGAACUGGAAAGCAAGGCAUCUAAACGCAAGGAUCUCCUGAUUGAAUGGGCCCUCGCCUUUGUCAUCCCUGUACUUGUGGCAGGGCCAUUCUACUACAUAGUGCAGCAACUUCGCUUUCAAGUACUUGAGGGAUUCGGAUGCGGGAACUCCCAAGACGGAUCAAUCCUCGACAUCUUGCUUAUCUGGUCCUGGAGCGUGGUUCCUCCUCUAGUAUCCGUCGUGCUCUACUACCCCCGAGUAGCUAGGCUCUUCUACCGCCAAUGCCAACACAUCAACCACUUCCUUAAUAGUAACGACUCGAUGUCACGAACGAACUACUAUCGCAUCCUCGCCCUUGCUAGCAUCGACAUCCUCCUCACCUUACCAAUCGGUAUUGCGAGUGUUGUAUUAGUCGCGACGGACCAGUCGUCGCAGGGCAUCCUGUCGUUCUACUCAGGUUGGAGAUAUGAUCAUACGGACUGGGAGCCGGAAAGCUAUCCUUAUUCGCUGGUGGUGGCCGGAGGCGCUUUGAAUGUCGCACAACAGUACUUCACCCUGUGGACGUCGCCAGUACUCGCAUUCGCCAUCUUUGGCCUCUUCGGAGUUACGUCGGAAGCUCGGGCAUCGUACUGCCGCAUCAUCCGCACCGCCGGCGGCUGGUUUGGCUGGAAGCCCACACCUCGCGCACCACUCGGAGAGAUCGUGUUCAGCGAACAGUCGCGAGACCUCGAAUAUGGAUCAAGGCCGGGUUUCAUUGAUGCUGAUCCACGCGCGCUAGACCGGGUCGUGGAUAGCCCAAGUAAAGCUGAGAGCGAGGGAAUGGAUAUGAUGGAUUCGAAAAGCGAUUCGGACUUGGAUGUUAUAGAAAGGCCGGCACAUAUUAUUGGCCCUAUGAGAGAACCGGGUAUGCAAGGGGAGGUCGAUAACAAGGAAUAUGGGGCCGACAUUUAA